GCGCCUCCAAUCCCAGAGGCUAUGUCCAGUAAAGGCUCAGUGGUUCUGGCCUACAGUGGCGGCCUGGACACCUCGUGCAUCCUCCUGCAGCUGAAGGAACAAGGCUAUGACGUCAUUGCCUACCUGGCCAACACUGGCCAGAAGGAAGACUUCGAGGAAGCCAGGAAGAAGGCACCGAAGCUUGGGACCAAAAAGGUGUUCAUUGAGGAUGUCAGCAGGGAGUUUGUGGAGGAGUUCAUCUGGCCGGCCAUCCAGUCCAGCGCACUGUAUGAGAACCGUUAUCUCCUGGGCACCUCUCUCACCAGGCCCUGCAUUGCCUGCAAACAAGUGGAAAUCGCCCAGCGGGAGGGGGCCAAGUAUGUGUCUCACGGCGCCCCGAGAAAGGGGAACGAUCAGGUCUGGUAUGAGCUCACCUGUUACUCGCUGGCGCCCCAGAUAAAGGUCAUUGCUCCCUGGAGGACGCCCGAAUUCUACAACCAGUUCAAGGGCUGCAGUGACCUGAUGGAAUACACAAAGCACCACGGGAUUCCCAUUCCGGUCACUCCCAAGAACCCGUGGAGCGUGGACGAGAACCUCAUGCCCAUCAGCUACGAAGCUGGAAUCCUAGAGGACCCCAAGAACCAAGCGCCUCCAGGUCUCUACACGAAGACCCCGGAAGCCAAAGCCCCCAACACCCCUGACAUUCUCGAGAUCGAGUUCAAAAAAGGGGUCCUCUUGAAGGUUACCAACGUCAAGGAUGCCACCACCCACCAGAUCUCCUUGGCGCUCUUCAUGUACCUGAAUGAAGUCGCGGGAAAGCAUGGCGUGGGCCGUAUUGACAUCGUGGAGAACCGCUUUAUUGGAAUGAAGUCCCGAGGUAUCUACGGGACCCCAGCAGGCACCAUCCUUUACCACUCUCAUUUAGAAAUCGAGGCCCUCACCAUGGACUUGGAAGUGCGCCAAAUCAAACAAGGCCUGGGCUUGAAAUAUGCUGAGCUGGUGUAUACUGGUUUCUGGCGCAGCCCUGAGUGUGAAUUUGUCCGCCACUCCAUCUCCAAGUCCCAAGAGCGAGUGGAAGGGAAAGUACAGGUGUCCCUCUUCAAGGGCCAGGUGUUCAUGCUCGGCUGGGAGUCCCCACUGUCUCUCUACAACGAGGACCUGGUGAGCAUGAACGUGCAUGGUGAUUAUGAACUAAUUGAUGCCACCGGUUUCAUCAACAUCAAUUCCCUCAGGCUGAAGGAAUAUCAUCACCGCCAGAGCAAGGUCACUGCCAAAUAG